AUGUUAGCCAAUUCAGUUCAAUCAAGCAUCAAGACCACAAUACCAUGCCCAUUUUCCGAUGCCCAUUCCAAGAAAAUCUGUAUUUCAUCCUCAGUUCCUCUGGAACCUAAAUCAAUUAAUCUUCAUUCAUUAUCCAGUCCUGACCUCAACACCAAACGCCGGAUUAGGAGAAAUCGGAAAACCUUACCGGCUGCGGCCGCCGCAGAAUUAGCUCCGUCUGAAACAACUUCCUUAGCUUCGGACUCCGAACCUGCUGAAGAAUCUCAGCUGCUGGAAGAAGAGGUGAAAUCAUUUCCAAAGCCAAGGCUAGUGCUGAAGUUCAUAUGGAUGGAGAAGAAUAUCGGGCUUGGGCUGGACCAGUUGUUACCGGGCUACGGUACAGUGCCGUUGAGCCCGUACUUCUUCUGGCCCCGUAAGGACGCAUGGGAGGAGCUGAAGAACACACUGGAAAGCAAGCCCUGGAUCUCCCAGAAGAAGAUGAUCAUACUUCUUAAUCAGGCAACUGAUAUAAUCAACCUCUGGCAACAAAGUGGACGCAAUUUGACAUAA